AUGUUACACUCAAAUAAUAACAAGAUUGAUAAAAUUGUUAUAUCAUCAAUGGUCCGAGCGAGGGAAACUGGUGAAAUCAUUCUAAAGCAACUAUCGGGCGUCCCAUAUGAAUAUUGUGACUUCUUAACGGAGGGCGCUCCGUGCAUACCUGAGCCCCCAUCAUCGUCAUGCAAACUUGAAAGUUAUGUAAGAAUCAAUAUAUAUGCUUAUUUUACUCUGCAUGUCUUAAUGCCAGUUGAUUUUACUCGUCAAAGGUAGAGCACUGGUAGGUAAUGAGUUUAUCAGACUAUCUGCCUAUAUGUCUAUAUGGUUAAGUUGCAUUGAACCCCAGCAGAGCGUGAAAUAACGGCCGGUCAACGGACAAUGUCCGGCCAGAUUCUUACCUUGCCGGUCAUUUUGACUGGUCACUUUAACUAAAAAAUAAAGUUGUCAAGUAUUAUAAUUAAGAACCAUAACAUGUCGAAUGUUUUGCGGGAAAACAACUUGGCUUUUGAGUUAAGGCCAUGCAUGCUUUUGGCCUAGUGCAGUGCAAGCUGUUUUUUGUGAAGGAGUUUUUAAUUACUGAUUACAGUGAUGAUAAACUAAGGCUAAGUAAGUAAGUCUUUUUGUAAUGCUCUACUGGAAAAAUAGUCACAUUUAUAGGGGUACACUUUACUAGGCUUUGCUUUAAGCUGAAUAAUUUCACCGACCAGAAAUUCGGUAUGUCCGAGCUAAAAUUGAAUUGGCCGGUCACCUUGACCGGCGACCCUCCAGCUGUUGUUUUGCACCCUGCCCGGGCCUGCCCCAAUGUGCCCGACUUUAUCAUUCAAUUCACUCUGUCUAACACCAGACAAUUUUACUUGUCAAGAGGAGAGGGGGAGGUAAAUAGGUUUUCGGAUUGUCGGAUUUCACAGAAAAAAUUGUCCCGAUUUCGGAUCUGGCGAAUGUUUUACACAGAUUUCGGAUCUUAUUAAUACAGCACAUUGCGGAUUUAUCUAAUAUUUUGGCUCGGAUCGCGGAUUUUGCUUCAAAUCAGCGGAUUUGUAUACCCCUAUUCACCCCCCCCCCCCCCCCCCCCCCAGGAGACAAAAUUCCCCAGCAAAAGGCACUUAUAAACCUUGCUAAAACAAAUAUGAUUGAUUUGAUCUAAUUUCAUUUUUUGAGGAGGUAUUUCAAGAAAGUGCUCGUAUUGAAGCGGCAUUCAGAAAAUAUAUCCACAGAGCUGAGCCGGAACAAAAGACUGACAGUAUUGAGGUCUACGUUUGUCAUGCUAAUGUUAUACGAUACUUUGUGUGCAG